GUGAGUGGGGAUGCUUGAGGAAUAAAUGUAGUUGUUGAGUCACAGUGACAGAAGUCAGCCUGGGAACAUCAAGUCACAAUGCAAUGACAGGCUUUCUUUUUGUCCCCAGGAGAGGAAGCCUGAAGAAGAAUGGCCAGCUCCAGUUCUCAACACAUGGCCUGUGGGUCAGUGACAUUUAGGGAUGUGGCUGUUGACUUCUCUCAGGAGGAGUGGGCCUGCCUGGAUGCUACUCAGAAGGUCCUCUACAGGGACACGAUGCUGGAGACCUACUGCCACCUCGUCUCAGUGGUGGGGAGUUGCAUUUCCAAGCCACACCUGAUCACCUUACUAGAGCAGGAGAAAGAGCCCUGGAUGGCUGUGAAGGAAGAAACAGACAGGCCGAGCCCAGAAUUGGAAACAGAUUAUGAUGCUGGAAAUAUAUCUCCAAAAAAUCCUGUUAAUAAUAGAAGAUUUCCCAAACAGAGCAUAAAGCAAUUAAGUAGAACUUUUGACUUCAAGGGCUCCAUGUUUAGUAAUGGCCCCAACUAUAGUACAUUCCAUGGACUACAGGAUUGUCAAGGAGAUGCUGGUCAACAGAUGACUAACAAGGAAGAAAUAACUAUUUAUACCAGCCAGACUCUUGCUCACAAUGUAGAAAGAGCAUAUGAAUGUAAGGAGUGUGGGAAGUGCUUUGGUUGUAGGUCAACUCUUACUCAGCACCAGAGUAUUCAUACUGGAGAGAAACCCUAUGAAUGUAAGGAGUGUGGGAAGGCCUUCAGACUCUCCCAGCUGCUUACAAGACAUCAGAAGUCUCACAGUGGUGAGAAAACUUCCAAUCAUGAGGAUAGAAAGGCUUUUCAACAUCCCAACCUACUCAAGUACCAUAAAACCAUUCAUACAAGUGCAAAAACAUUUGAAUGCAGGGAGUGUGGGAAGUCCUUCAACCGUGUCUCCAGCCUUGUUGAACAUAGGAUUAUUCAUGCAGAUGUGACACCAUAUGAAUGUAGUGAGUGUGGGAAAGCUUUUAAACGACAUAGAAGUUUUGUGCGCCAUCAGAAAAUUCAUUCUGGUGAGAGACCUUUUCAGUGUAAGGACUGUGGGAAAGGCUUCAUUGUUCUGGCUCAUCUCACACGGCACCAGAGCAGUCAUAGUGAAGAGAAGCCAUUUGAAUGUGAGGAAUGUGGCAAGAAAUUCAGAACUUCCAGGCACCUUGUUAAGCACCAGCGUAUUCAUACUGGUGAGAAGCCCUUUGAAUGUAACGUAUGUGGGAGUGCUUUCCGGCUUCAACUAUACCUUUCUGAGCAUCAAAAAACUCACAUGGAAGAGAAAUACUUGGAAUGCAAUGUAUGUGGGAAGGCUUUCCGGCUUCAGGUGUACCUUUCUGAGCAUCAGAAAACUCACACUGAAGAGAAUCCUUUCAAGUGUAAGCUCUGUGCGUCAGCCUUCCCAAAUAAGUACCAACUUAAUAAACAUCUCACAAUUCAUACUGAUGGGAAACCUUAUCAGUGCAAGGAAUGUGGGAAAUGCUUUCGUCAAAGGUCAAAAUUAGCUGAACAUGAGAGUAUUCACACUGGGAAGAAACCCUUCCAGUGUGAAGAAUGUGGGAAGUUCUUUAGACUUAACACACUUCUCAUUCAUCAUCAGAGAUCUCACAGUGGUGAGAGACCUUUUGAAUGUAAAGAAUGUGGAAAGGCUUUCCUUCUUCCCAGUCAACUUAACAGCCAUAAAAUUGUUCAUACAAGUAAAAGACCCUUUGAAUGCAAGGUAUGUGGGAAGUCCUUCAAGCGUGAAUCCAACCUCAUUCAACAUGGAGCUGUUCAUGCCGGUGUGAAAUCAUAUGAGUGCAGUGAGUGUGGGAAAGCUUUUAUUCACCGCUCAAGCCUGUUCCACCAUCGGAAAAUUCAUUCUGGUGAGAAACCUUUUAAGUGUCAGGAAUGUGGAAAGGCUUUUGUUGUUCUGGCAUACCUCAUUCAGCAUCAGAGCAUUCAUUCUGGAGAGAGACCAUUUGAAUGCGAGCUGUGUGGGUCAGCCUUCAGAUGUAAAUCCCAACUCAAUAAACAUCAGAGAAUUCAUACUGAUGUGAAACUCUUUCAGUGUGUGGAAGAUUGAACAGAUAUUGUUCAUGGAACAGAGCUUGGAAUACAUCAGGGAAUUCAUACUGGUGAGAAGCCCAUUCAGUGUAAUGAAUAUGGGAAGCUUUUUAAUAUCUUUAUAAAAUUCUUAGAUAUAUUAGAAUUCAUACUGGCAAGAAUCAUCAUGAACAUAAAGAAUGGGAAAUACUUUACAUGUGGUAGAGACCGUAAGGUACAUCAAAGAAUUCACACUCAUAAGAAACAUUACCACUGUUAAGAAUGUGGGAUGACCUUUAGUUGAAUAUGAAACUUGUUUUGACAUUCUAAAUAGAUUAAGAAGUCUUAUGAUGAUGUAAGGAAUAUGGAAAGGCCUACAGUAAUUCUAAGCUAUCUGUAUAUCAGAGAAGUCCUGGUGAGAAAGCCUAUGAAUAUAAGGUGUGAAAAUGUUUAUACUUAGUUCAGCCUUUAUGCACAGUGGCAAAUUUAUACUGAUAGGAAACCCUAUCAGUGUAAAGAAUGGAAAGACCAAGUGGAACUGGGACGACCUUCAACAUAAAAAAAAAAAAAUGCAUGCUUGUGUCAAACACUAUGAGUGCAAGGAAUGUAGGAAUAUUUACAGAAUUAGCUCAGCUCUUAAAGCUCAUCAGAGAGUCCAUUUAAAUCUGAGACCCUGUGAAUGUAAAGGUUUAGUAAAAAGCUUUUAC